GGAGAUGAUAGUGGUAGAGAGAUCGAGUUGAAAUUAAUCUCUUGGCUCUAGCUAACCUCUUGGGCUUUUAAGUAGCUAGCAUGUGUGCACCCCAAACAUCACACACACACCAUCUCAAUUCUCAACCUUUAGUAGUACAAGAUCGAUCUAAACAGCCUGCAUAGGUCGACCUAGCCUUACUGCAGGCUGCUCGAUCGUCGUAGCUAAUUAAUUGUGAUCGAGAGAAUUAACGAAUACUUAGAGUUAUUAGAGACCAGUUAAGAGUGGUAGGCAUGGUGGGCAUGAAGAAGAAGAGUGUGGGCUUAGGUCGUCUUAGCCUGAUGAUAUCCAUGGUUCAGGUGUUGGGGGCCGUCGGCGGCGGCGGCGUCCAUCCGAGCAAGAUGCGGCUGGUGCCGGCGGUGUACGUGUUGGGCGACUCGACGCUGGACGUCGGCAACAACAACCACCUGCCGGGGAAAGACGUCCCUAGGGCCAACAAGCCCUACUACGGCAUCGACUUCCCUGGCUCCAAGCCCACCGGACGCUUCAGCAACGGCUUCAACGCCGCCGACUACGUUGCAAAGAAUCUGGGUUUCGACAAGAGCCCUCCGGCCUAUCUGGUACUCAAAGCACGCAACUAUCUCGUCCCGGCCGCUCUAGUGAUGGGUGUCAACUAUGCUUCUGCCGGAGCUGGGAUUCUCGACUCCACUAACACCGGACGCAGCAUUCCACUGUCGAAGCAGGUGGUGUACUUGAACUCGACGAGGGCGGAGAUGGUGGCGAAGGCGGGGUCCGGCGCGGUGAGCGACCUGCUGGCCAAGUCCUUCUUCCUCUUCGGCGUCGGCAGCAACGACAUGUUCGCCUUCGCCGCCGCGCAGCAGAAGCUCAACCGCUCCGCGACACCCAGCGAGGUGGAGGCCUUCUACACAAGCCUCAUCUCCAACUACUCGGCGGCUAUCACGGAGCUGUACGGGAUGGGCGCGAGGAAGUUUGGGAUCAUCAACGUUGGGCCGGUGGGGUGCGUGCCGAGCGUGCGCGUGGCGAACGCGACGGGCGGCUGCAACGACGGCAUGAACCAGCUCGCCGCCGGCUUCGACGCGGCGCUCCGCGGCCACAUGUCCGGCCUCGCCGCGCGGCUGCCGGGGCUCGCCUACUCCAUCGCCGACUCGUACGCGCUCACGCAGCUGACCUUCGCCGACCCGGGCGCCGCCGGCUACGCGAACGCCGACAGCGCGUGCUGCGGCGGCGGGAGGCUGGGCGCGGAGGGGCCCUGCCAGCGCGGCGCGGCGCUGUGCGGCGACCGCGACCGGUUCGUGUUCUGGGACAGCGUGCACCCGUCGCAGCAGGCCAACAAGCUCGGCGCCAAGGCCUACUUCCACGGCCCUCCCCAGUUCACCUCCCCCAUCAACUUCAACCAGCUCGCCAAUUACAACAGCUGAUGCUCAUUUAUUUAUAUAUAUUGCUUCUCAUCGAUGAUAUAUAUACGUGGUCACUGAUGUUCUUUCUUUCUUUCAUGUUUUUUUCCUAGUUUUAGUCUUGGAAUUUCAGUUAAAUUGAUUCAUCAUUCAUGUAUAUACUGCUGUACAAUAUAUACAUGUUGCUCUAUUCAGCUCGGUUUGAUUAUGAGUACUGCAAAUGGAAGUGUAAUAAUCGAUCCAUCGUGGCUAGAGGCCAGAAAAAUAAUGAUAAAAUUGAUGUGCUUCACUUAGUUAA